GUAUUAUACAGAGUCUGAAUGGUUAAGACCUCUUAUCUGAAUUGAUCAGACAUUUGCCUCUGAAUAGUUAAGCAAUAUACUAGCUCUUAAUGGUUCAGACCUCUUACUGGUUCAGCACUUAAUGGUUCAGACCUCUUACUGCGUGGAGGCAUGCACAAUCAUGUAUAGCGCCUUCGACACAGAGCCGGUCGUGUGGCCCUCGGUCGAAGGGAUGCAACACACUGUUGCCCGGUUUAGGAGCCUCCCAAACACCGAGCAGACGAGGAGGAUGCUGAACCAGGAGAGGUUUGUGCAAGAGAGAAUUCACAAGCUAAGCACCACUCUAAUCAAGUUGAAAAAAGAGAAUCGAGAAAAACAAAUGAUUGCGCUAAUGUAUCGCAUCCUUGAUGGUGAGCACAUUACCGAGCCCUUGAAUACCAUAGAUUUGAACGACAUAGGUUGGGUAAUUAACAUGCACUUGGUAGAUAUCAAUAACCGGAUUGAGGCAAUCAAGAAAGAGGGUGGUGCCUCCUCAUCAAGUAUGGCCCAACCUAUUGUGGAUGAUCAUCAGUUAGUGGCUCAAGAAGUUCCUGUUUUUCAUAUCCCCAUUGUAAGUACUGAGGCUUCAGGUUCUAAAGUACAACAUGUUUUUCCCCAGCUUUAUCAGGGCCUGAUUGUUGGGCACAAUGAAGUCCAAGCUGCUGGUUCUAACAUUGGCACAAUAGCUCCAGGGGUGUUCAACUUUCAAGUUGGUGGUUCUAGCAAUUAUGGGCUGGCUCCGGGAAUGUUCAAGUACCAGGUUGGGGCUUCCAAUAACAGUGUUCUAACUUUGGGCAUGUUCAAUAGGCAAGGAGGGGCUUCUGGUAGCGAUGAAAUAGUUACAAGCAUGUUAAAUUUCCCAACCGGAUCUCCCAGUAGAGGAGUGGUGGCUCCAGACAUGUUUACUUUCCAGGGCGUGGCUUCUAGCAGCAAUGUGGUGGGUUCAGACAGGUUCAACUUUAAGGGUGGGCCUUCCACAGGAUGUGUGGUGCCUCCAGCCAUGUUCAACUUCCAGGGUGGGGCUUUUAGUAGCCAUGCAAUGACUUCAGGCAUGUUUAAUUACCAGGCAAGGGCUUCUCGGAAUUGUGUUGUGGAUUCAAGAGAGCUAACCUUCCACGCCGGGGUUUCAAGAAACAACACGGAGGCUCCAGACAGGUCCAACUACCAACAAAACUAAGAGAAGGAUGCUCAUAUGAAUUUUGCAGGCCUAAAUCAUUUGUUUCCCAUGCCUAAUUAUUAGACUUUGAUGAUGGUGUGCAGUGGGUGUAAAAGACGUAAGCUCAACAUAUUAAGAUGCUGAGCAAAAACAACUACAAUAAAAAAGAUUCAAAUCAAGCGGUACCUUAUGG